AUGGCUAGUCUAGGAGCCACUCCGGAGUUUAUUCCGGGACGCCCUUUCCACCUUGGACUGGUAAAGAACUCCAAGAAUGCGAACAUGACCAUUAUGCCCUCCAACCGAGAGACACUUUCCUCACGACGACGACGACGCAGUCGGAAAGUCCAGCCCAAGGUCACCAACGUUCCGUCUUCUCCUACAGCCUCAUCAAGCGCAAGUCAACACUCAACAGAGACGUCAAGUUCUGCAUUUGACGGUGUCGAAAAUUGCAAAGGCCACCACAUCCAUCCAUCCAAGAACGACAUACCACCCGGCACGCCCACAGCUCCGGCAGCAGACCGAAGACAGCAGAUCCAACUGCAUCAUAUUCCAGUCUAUCACAGUCGCAUCUUUCACACUCGUCCUCCUCCGAACGCACCGACCGGGCCUGCAGCCGAUAGAAGACAAGUCGUGAAGGUUCCUGCAGUGCCCCCUCAGAUCCCUCCUCAGGCCACUCCUCAGGCCGUACCUAGCCACUGCCAGUCUAAGGUCUGGCGGAGCCCCAAGACGGAGUUGACGGACGCAUUCCAAAAAGUGCAGGUCGAAAUGCAACGCCUUGGCUUCAGCAGAUCGCCUGCUGCCCCCACCACAUUCGAGGAAUACUUGGAAGUCGUUCUUGCUAAGAAAGAACGCAAAAUACAACAGAAUGCCGCCGUGAUACAGGCCAUCAAAACGAAGGCAGAACAGCACAAGAGAGCGCGACAGAAAGGCGGUAGCUCUGGCCAUACUUACAGCAGGGCAUCAGCUUGGGCUCAAGGUCCGACUUCAGUGCAGGAACCGACUUUAGCCACUGCCCACCCUUUGUAUGGAGCUGAUCCAUGCUGGAACAUGCAGUACCCCGAUAUAACAGAAAGACCACAAGAUCUUCGUGCCGAAUGGCCUAAGCUGGCGGGAUACAAGGAAGCCGGCCGCCGGGCUUUUGACAACAGUUGUCUGCCUCCUCCGAAACAGCUCAACGUUCAGGACCAAACCCAUAUGACACUGGGGGAUGCGGCGUGGGAAGAGCGCGCACUGAUUCCCCAAGGAAAUGCCACUGGCUUGGACGAAAUCAGCAUAUUCUCACUUGAGAAUGAUACUUCGACCGAAGCUGAUCUGGCCUAUCACAUAGACCCGAAGAGUCUUAACGAUUGGACUCGAGAAAUCAUUGACGAAAUCAUCCUCGAGAUAGAGGGCGACGAGACAACGAUCACGGACGAAGACGAAGCUUAG